GUGCAACAGAUGAGCAAGUUAAUGAAAGCGUAGCCCUGCAGCUUAAGACAAAAGCAUUGCCAAGGGGCUGAGCCAUUGGUGUAUUUUGGGGCAGGGCAGCAACCCCCGACCCCGGGCCAGGCAGGCAGUCCGCGGAGGAGGAGGCUGAGCCAGAGCAGGUGUCUGUGCAGACAUCUGCUUCAGUUCACUGGGGAACAGGAGAAGGGCGCUGCUCCGGCGACACCGUCCCACCGAUGCCCACUUCAGCAAGGUGAGGUUCCUGCAGCAACACUGAUGAAUACCAGCGGCAUAUCACCUGGCACAAACUGAAGCCGGCUCUCUAGGUAGACUCCAGUAAACACUCUCCAAGAGCCGAGAUGCCUGAGCUGUCAGCUCACUGAGACACGCAGACGCUCCAUCCUGAUCCUGAUCCCUCGCUCCUGCCUCUCUUCAGUGACGGCUCUUCAGUGGGAGGUUUCAGCAACAGCUCGGCGACUGGACUUGAACCGUGAUCAGUGUCCCAGCGUGUCGACAUGGGGAUGAAAAGCAUCCUCCGAGGCUGCUUCACCGCCGCCUUGGUCCUCCAGCUCUGCAGCGCCGGCCUGGUGAAGAAGGUGAUCCGUCACCGCAGAGAGGCGCUGAUGCCCAAAAAGACACAGGAGAACUUGACCCUGCCCAAUCCGGACCAACCCGUUGUGUUCAACCACGUCUACAACAUCAACGUCCCCACCACUUCCCUGUGCUCCGUUGACCUUGACUCGCCCGGCGCCACCGAGCUCAAGCAUCACGACGGCCCAGUGGACAUGCAGAACACGGAGCAUAUGGAACAUACUGUGGAUGGAGACAAUCAGAUCGUGUUCACCCACCGCAUCAACAUCCCUAAGCAGGCAUGCGGCUGUGACAACCAUUUGCCGGACAUCAAGGACAUCCUGAACAGGCUGGAGAUGCUGGAGUCUGAGCUGUCCAGUCUGAGAGAGCAGUGUGCGAGCGGGGCCGGGUGCUGCGGAGCUCAGGUUACAGGUGAAGUGUCCACAAAACCCUACUGCAAUGGCCGUGGUAACUGGAGUGCAGAGACAUGCGCUUGUGUAUGUGAGCCUGGCUGGAAGGGUCCCAACUGUACGGAGCCAGAAUGUCCCAACGAUUGCCAAGACCAAGGCCGCUGCAUCGACGGGAAAUGUGAAUGCUUCGAGGGCUUUGGUGGCGACGACUGCGGGGUGGAGCUGUGCCUGCUCGACUGCGGCGACUAUGGCCACUGCGUGGAGGGGUCUUGCAUGUGUGAGGAGGGUUUCAUUGGUGAAGACUGCUCGCAGACAAACUGCCUCAACAACUGCCUGGGCCGCGGGCGCUGCAUCGAUGACGAGUGUGUUUGCGCCGAGCCUUGGACUGGCUUCGACUGUUCCGAGCUCAUCUGUCCGAAUGACUGCUACGACCGAGGCCGGUGUAUCAAUGGUACCUGCUACUGCGACGACGGCUUCACAGGCGAAGACUGCGGUGAGCUGACGUGUCCUGGAAACUGCAACAACCGAGGCAUGUGUGUCAACGGCCAAUGUGUGUGUCAAACGGGCUACAGCGGGGAGGACUGCUCAAAGCUCACAUGCCCAGGCAACUGCAAUGAAAGAGGCCACUGCUUCAAUGGAAAGUGUAUCUGUGAUCCGGGAUUCGAGGGUGAAGACUGCUCUGUGCUGUCGUGCCCGGAAAACUGCAGCAACAGGGGACAGUGCAUCAAUGGAGAGUGUGUAUGCAAUGAAGGAUACCAAGGUGAGGACUGUGGUGCGCUCUCCUGCCCCAACAACUGCCAUGACCGCGGUCAGUGUGUCGACGGACAGUGCUUGUGCGACAAAGGCUUCGCUGGUGAGGACUGUAGCAUCAAGACCUGCCCUAAAGACUGUCUGGGACGAGGGCACUGCAUCAACGGCAAGUGCGCCUGUUUUGUGGGCUUCACCGGCAAAGAUUGCGGAGAGCUGACCUGCCCGAACAACUGCCAGGAUCGUGGCCAUUGUGUCAAUGGACUAUGUGUUUGCCACAAGGGCUUCACUGGAGAGGACUGCAGUGAAAAGACGUGCCCCAAGAAUUGCCUUGACAGAGGCUUUUGCAACGAUGGGGAAUGUGUGUGCUACGAAGGGUUCACGGGACCCGACUGUUCCAUACUGACGUGCCCGGCUGACUGUCUAAACCAGGGACGCUGUGAGAAUGGAGUGUGUGUCUGUGACGAAGGCUUCACCGGGGAGGACUGCUCUGAAGUGUCACCACCCAAAGACCUGACUGUGGUGGAAGUCUCACCCGAGACAGUGGACCUCACCUGGGACAAUGAGAUGCGUGUGACAGAGUACCUGAUCACCUACGUUCCGACUGCCGUCGGCGGCCUUGAGCUGGACGUACGUGUUCCUGGAGACCAGAAGAUGGCGACGAUCCGAGAGCUUGAGCCCGGAGUGGAGUACCUGAUCAGUGUCUAUGCGGUUCUCAAUAACAAGAGAAGCAUCCCAGUCAGCGCUCGGAUCGCAACACAUCUCCCUGAGCCUGAGGGACUUAAGUUCAAGGCGGUGAGAGAGACUUCUGUAGAGGUGGAGUGGGAUCCACUGGACAUUCCCUUCGAUGGCUGGAACCUCAUCUUCAGGAACACAAAAGAGGAGGAUGGUGAGAUUCUUAAUUCCCUUGGCCGUCCGGAGACCACCUUUGAGCAGUCGGGCCUGGGACCGGGCCAGGAGUAUGAGGUCAAGCUGGAAGUGGUGAAGAACAAGACGCGUGGGCCGCCAGCUUCGAAGAACAUCUUCACCAGAAUCGAUGCUCCGAGCCAGGUGGAUGUGCGAGACGUGACUGACACCACAGCCCUGGUCACCUGGUUCCAGCCCGUUGCAGACGUGGAGGGAGUCAGCAUCUCCUACGGACCCAGCACCAGUCCUUUUGAUCGCAACGUGGUCGAGCUCUCUUCGUCGGACAGCCAGUACCACAUGGGAGGUCUUAACCCCGACACCCAGUACGAGGUGUCUCUGACAGCUCGCAAAGGGGAUCGCAGCAGCAUCCCAGUCUACGAGUCGUUCCUCACAGACUUGGACGCCCCCAGAGACCUGCAGGUUGUGGACCUGACGGACGAGAGCAUCACCCUUGAGUGGAAAAACAGCCGAGCUCAGGUGGACAACUUCCGCAUCAAGUAUGGACCUCUGUCUGGAGGCGACCACGGAGAGCUGCUUUUCCCGCGAGGAGCCAAGGAGACCACGCACGCCGUCAUUACCGGUCUGAGACCCGGCACGGAGUACGGCAUGGGAGUGACAGCGGUGAAGGACGAACGCGAGAGCCUCCCGACGACCACCAACGCUGUGACCGCUCUGGAUGCUCCCAAGGACUUCACCGUCGCCGUCGUGACUGAAACCACCAUGAUUGUGGAGUGGAAGCGGCCCCUGGCCAAGUUCGACUCCUACAGGCUGGUGCACGUCUCAGCAGACGGGCAGAGGGCUGAGGAGGUCCUUCCAAGCAGCUCGGACACUCACACCUUAAGAGGCCUGAGCCCCGGAAUGUUGUACACACUCAGCAUCACUGCAGAGAGAGGGCGGCGGACCAGCGCCCCCAGCACCAUCUCAGCGCCUACAGAGGAGGAGAAGCCACUGGUGACCAACGUCACGGUCAGUGAUGUGUCGUGGGACAGCUUCCUCUUGUCCUGGUCUGCAGACAAAGGGGCAUUUCAGGCUUUUCUCAUAGAGGUUACUGACGCAGAGAGUGGGGCGGAGUGGCAGAACCACACGCUGCCUGCCGACGCUCGCAGCCUGGCCGUCUCUGGCCUCACUCCUUCCACCUGGUACAGGGCCAAUCUGUACGGAGUGUACAAGGGUCUCCUCUUAGACCCCGUCUUUGCAGACACCAUAACAGACACCGAACCCGAGGUGCAGGAUCUCAGGGUCACCGUCCUGAGCCCGGAGAGCUUUAGAAUGACCUGGGCAGCGGACGACCACGCCUUUGACACCUUCGUCAUCAUGGUCAGCCACGUUGAAGGCGUGGAAGGCCCCCGGGAGCUGGUGCUGGGCGGAGAGGAGCGCAGCGUAGACCUGACAGGCCUCUCUGAGGACACCGAGUACCAAAUUGAAAUCUUUGGAAUCCUCUUGGAAAGGCGCUCGAAAUCUCUGACUCAGAAUGAGCGAACAGACCUCGGCUCACCCAAGGGCAUCCGCUUCUCCGACGUCACCGACACGUCGGCCACCGUUCACUGGGUGGUCCCCAGAGCCCGGGUGGACAGCUACCGGGUCACCUACGUGCCCGCUCACGGAGGACACGCUAAGACCCUCACCGUGGACGGCUCCGAGUCUCAGACCGUGAUGCCGAACCUGACGCCCGGGGUCACUUAUGAGGUCACCGUCGUCGCCCUGAAAGGUCAGCGUGAGAGCGAGCCGGGGUCAGACAGCGUGACCACAGCUUUAGAUAAACCCCGCGGACUCAACGCCGUCAACAUCACCGACUCUGCCGCUCUGCUGCUGUGGCAGCCGGCCAUCGCCACGGUGGACGGCUACGUCAUCACCUACAGCGCCGACUCAGUGGCCCCGGUGAUGGAGCGAGUUUCAGGGAACGUGGUUGAGUUUGAGAUGAGCUCUCUGGCUCCUGCCACCCACUACACGGUGAAGGUUUACGCGGUGAGAGACCUGGCCAAGAGCGCCGCCACCACCACUGAAUUCACCACCGAUGUGGACGCUCCUCAGGAUCUGACCGCCAGCAACAUCCAGACGGAGACGGGGAUGCUGACCUGGAGGCCUCCUCGCGCUGACAUCACUGGCUACAUCCUCAGCUUCCAGUCGGCUGACGGUGUCAUCCGGGAGGUGGUCCUCAGCCCCACGGCCGUCUCCUACAACAUGGUCCAGCUCAGCGCCUCCACAGAAUACUUGGUCAGACUGCAGGCCAUCGCCGGGCCCAAGAGGAGCAGAGUCAUCAGCACUGUCUUCACCACCACCGGUGUGCUGUACAGGUUCCCCAGAGACUGCUCUCAGGCCUUGCUCAACGGCGAGACGACCUCUGACUUGUACACCAUCUAUCUGGGUGGAGACGAGAGCCAGCCCAUCCAGGUCUACUGCGACAUGACCACUGACGGCGGAGGAUGGAUCGUUUUCCUCAGACGUCAAAGCGGCAAAGUCGAGUUUUUCCGCAACUGGAAGAACUACACGGCCGGCUUUGGAGACAUGAACGACGAGUUCUGGCUCGGUCUGUCUAAUCUGCACAAGAUCACAGCCGGGGCCCAGUACGAGCUCCGAGUGGACCUGAGAGACAAAGGAGAGACGGCGUAUGCCCAGUACGAUAAGUUCUCCGUGUCGGAACCGCGCAGUCGCUACAAGGUCCACGUGGGAGGCUACAGUGGAACAGCAGGCGACUCCAUGACCUACCACAAUGGCCGCACCUUCUCCACCUACGACCACGACAACGACAUCGCCGUCACCAACUGUGCUCUGUCCUACAAAGGAGCCUUCUGGUACAAGAACUGCCACCGGGUCAACCUGAUGGGCCGAUAUGGAGACAACAGUCACAGCAAGGGAGUCAACUGGUUCCACUGGAAAGGCCACGAACACUCGAUCGAAUUUGCCGAGAUGAAGAUUCGACCGUCCAACUUCAGAAACUUGGAGGGGAGGAGGAAACGAUCAUAGAUGCUGCGCCAUCCGCAACACAGCUACGACUCUGUCUGGACCCCCAUCCUGUGUACACCCCCGACCCCCCUCCCGCAGCAACCAAAGCCACUGCCAGGAUGUGUGCUGCCGCCCCGGCCCCCUUCUGCCCCCUCCGUCUCCUUGUGGUUGCUUGUGGAAAUGCUGCCAGUGUGGAUGUUGAUGUGCAUGUUACGAACUGGACUCAAGUCAAACCCACACACUCACCUCACGCACCAAAGAGAGCAACGACAUCACAACAACCCCCCUCUGGCCCAUUAGUGUCUGCUCUCACAAGGACUGGCUCUCUGUAACUCAUCUCUGUAACAGUUCUAGAAAGGUAACUUUUGUUUGUCUUUGUUCGACUCCCAUCCCACCUCCCUUCCCCCCCCCCACACACACAGACUCACACACUCCCAGGUCUCCUUCUGCCCAACCCGACCCAGCGGGUGCUCGAGAAAGUUUCACAGAAGCGUAUUUCCGUCGGCCUGCACACUCUGCAGACGGCGACAUUUCCCACUCCUCCGCUGAGGCCCUGAAGGCAUCACGCUCCAAUCACAGUAUUGUUUUCUUUUUUAGUUUUUUCAAAAAAAGCUGAAAGAAAAUGUUUGAUGUGUUCACUUGUUUGUUCGAUGACUCCAAGGCGGGACCUAUUAUUUACUAUAUUAUAAAAUGCGGUGGUUUUCUUCUUUGCCAAAUGUGAAUACAGUAAAUAUAUGUGGAACAAGAGAAUGUUGUGUCGUGAUGAAAAAAAAAAAGAAACAGUCCAAUUGAAUCGACAUAGUAAAGUCUUUAUGUUCAUGAAAUAGUGUUUGGACAGGCCGAAACUAGAGAAACCCCGCCCCCUCCCCCUCCUCUCUGAGACCCCCCCCCCCCGUCCCUGCUGCUGAGCAGGACACUAAACCACUGACCUUCUAAAGAAUGCCUGUGUAAGUUAAGUUUGUUCUGCUGUUUGGUUUGUUCAUAACAGAGUUUCUCUGUUGAUGGUAUUACAA